CUGAUUUACGAAGAUCUAACAACGGACGAUCUCUUAGAACGAUGUACGGGCGCAAACACUCAAAACAAUAACGAGAGCUUCAAUCACUGUGUGUGGCAACUAGCCCCGAAGCACGUAUUCUGCGGCAAGCAGAUAGUGGAAAUCGCUAUGCAGUGUGCUGUGUGCACCUUCAAUGAAGGUUACGACCCGAUUUUAAAAAUUUUAGAGACAAUGGGAUGCACGAUAGGGCCGAGCGCCGCACAUUUCGCCGCAAAACACAAAAAUGCGCGCAUAACCCAAGCAAACCGCCGGGCGUCCCUGGAUAGCAAAGAGGCGAGGACAGCUCGUCGGACUGAACAAUCCAUCGAGCACGAUCUUUUCGAAGAAGCAGAAGGGAUAUUGUAUGGACCUGGCAUCGCUGAUUGA